UAGUUCAUACAAGACUGAAAGCUUUUAUAUAGCACAAAGCAAGACGUGCAGCGUGUCCCUUCGGGGACAUCCGAUAAAAUUGGAACGAUACAGAGAAGAUUAGCAUGGCCCCUGCGCAAGGAUGACACGCACAAAUCGAGAAAUGGUUGUUACUUAUUUUGAUGGGUGUGGUCAACUCACUUUGCAUUUUCACAGAAAUGGGCAUGACUAAAAAGGUGACAGAUUGCCUACAGGCUUGCUAUAAAUCCAUGCCACUGUCUGCUAGUCCAGUCAGACUCAAAAGGAGUAAGAUGGCAAAGCAAUGGCUGGUUUUUCGAGCAACAAUUGUUUUGGUUUUAGGAACCUUGGCUUCAGCUGCAACUACAUCUUCGGUCACAUUUGUUUUUGGGGAUUCAUUGGCAGAAGUUGGAAACAACAACCAUCUGCAGUAUUCUCUAGCAAGGUCUGAUUAUCCCUGGUACGGGAUUGAUUAUACUGGCAAGCAGGCUACCGGAAGAUUCACAAACGGAAGAACCAUUGGGGAUAUCAUAUCUGAAAAGCUUGGGAUUUCACCACCACCACCUUAUCUUUCCUUGUUACAAAAUGAUGACGCAAUUCUUAAAGGUGUUAAUUAUGCCUCUGGUGGAGCGGGAAUUCUCAAUGACACAGGGCUAUAUUUUAUUCAGAGAUUAACAUUUGACGAUCAGAUAGAUUACUUUAAAAAGACAAAGGAAAACAUCAGGGCUAAAAUAGGUGAAGAGGCUGCAAAUAAGCUUUGCAAUGAGGCCAUGUACUUCAUUGGAAUUGGCAGUAAUGACUAUGUAAACAAUUUCUUGCAGCCUUUUCUACCAGAUGGGCAGCAGUAUACACAUGAUGAAUUUGUUGAACUUUUGACUUCAACUUUAGAGCAACAACUUUUGAGGCUUUACCAGCUUGGGGCGCGAAAGGUUUUGUACCAUGGCCUUGGGCCAUUAGGCUGCAUUCCUUCUCAGAGAGUGAAAUCGAAAACAGGCCAAUGCUUAACGAGAGUGAAUGAAUGGGUGUCGGAAUUCAACUCCAAAGUGCAAUACCUGAUAAAUUCUAUAAACAGACGCGUCCCGAAUGCACAGAUGAUUUUUGCAGAUACAUAUCCAGCAGUUCUUGACUUGAUCGACAACCCCUCAACCUAUGGUUUUAAGAUUUCUAAUACAUCAUGCUGCAACGUUGAUACAAGCAUUGGGGGUUUAUGCUUGCCAAACUCAAAAUUGUGCAAUGAACGCAACGACUAUGUAUUUUGGGAUGCAUUCCAUCCAUCAGAUGCAGCAAAUCAAGUGCUGGCAGAGAAGUUGUUAUCCAGCUUAUCCUCUGCCUCUGCCCCUACUCCUGCCCCUGCACCAAAGCCACAUUGACUUAUUUCUCAAUCCAUUUUUACAUGCUCAGAGUUGUUCAUAGUUUUCAAUCCGAGGGGUCCAUGUUAUCAUCCUCACUGCUCAAAAUAUGCAAAUGGAGUGAUUUGUUUUACCCACUAUAUGAGUUUUGUAACUUGUAACUCGCAGCUUUAUAUAAAUAAAUACCUUACAAAUUUUCCUUUUAAAAAAACCCAAGUAUUCUUAUUUACUACUAUUUUAUUUUUUAGAAAAAUGUUGGUAUUGAGGAAAUUUGGGAUCAGACUGACGUGCAAAAAGAUGAAUCUUCAAAGCUUGCGCCUCAGAUACUAUCCAGCAAUUAAGCUGUCAUCAUAUCCCAAUUUCUCCAAAUUAAAUGCUGAAUUCCAUUAAAAGACAGUAUUUGGAAGGCCAAACUCUCAAAGAUCUAAGCCAAAGGAAAAAAGUAA